UGGAAUUCGAGAGAGGGCUGCGCUGCCAUUAGCCUGAGCCUCCGCCCAAAGUCGUCGUCGUCGUUGUUGUCGUCUCGGCGAAGCAUGACUCUCAAUACAGGAAACAUAAAUUUCAAGUGGGAUCCAAAAAGCUUGGAAAUAAGAACACUAGCCGUUGAGAGACUUCUUGAGCCUUUAGUAUCUCAGGUGACUACUUUGGUGAAUACUAGCAAUAAAGGACCAUCCAAUAAAAAGAAAGGGCGUUCAAAGAAAGCUCAUGUUUUGGCUGCAUCAGUGGAGCAAGCAACCCAAAAUUUUUUGGAUAAAGGAGACAAAAUCGCAAAAGACAGCCAGUUUCUUAAAGAGGAACUCAUUGCAGCAGUUGAAGAUGUUCGGAAACAGGGUGAACAGAUGAGAAGCGCCUCUGGAGAGUUUGCGGAUGAUCCUUGCUCUUCUGUUAAACGUGGAAACAUGGUCCGUGCUGCACGUGCAUUGUUGUCUGCUGUCACAAGGCUGCUGAUUUUGGCUGACAUGGCAGAUGUGUACAGGUUACUGGUUCAGCUGAAAGUGGUUGAAGAAGGUAUUCUGAAAUUAAGAAAUGCUGGAACUGAACAAGAUUUAGGAAUACAAUAUAAGGCUUUGAGAGCUGAAGUGGAUAAAUUAAAUGUCAUGACGGCAAAGAGACAACAGGAAUUAAAGGAUAUUGGCCACAGAGAUCAGAUGGCUGCAGCUCGUGGUAUUCUUCAGAAGAGCAUUCCUAUUCUUUACACUGCUUCACAGGCAUGUCUGCAGCAUCCCGAUGUAGCUGCAUACAAAGCUAAUAGGGACUUGGUAUAUAAACAACUUCAACAAGCUGUCAGUGGCAUUUCAAAUGCAGCCCAAGCUACAUCGUCUGAAGAAAGUGCUCAACAACAAGGAGGUGGAGAACUUGCUGUUGCCCUAAAUAAUUUUGAUAAACAAAUCAUUGUGGAUCCUCUUGGCUUUAGUGAAGAAAGAUUUAGACCUUCACUAGAGGAGCGUUUAGAAAGCAUCAUUAGUGGAGCAGCCCUAAUGGCAGAUUCUUCUUGCACACGAGAUGAUCGCCGGGAACGUAUUGUUGCUGAAUGCAACUCUGUGAGACAAGCUCUACAAGAUCUCCUUUCUGAAUACAUGGGAAAUACUGGCCGCAAGGAACGUGGUGAUGCUCUAAAUUCAGCAAUCGACAAAAUGACAAGGAAAACCAGAGACUUGCGUAGACAGUUGAGAAAGGCUGUUAUGGACCAUGUUUCUGACUCUUUCUUGGAGACCAAUGUACCACUACUUGUGUUGAUUGAGGCUGCAAAGAAUGGAAAUGAAAAAGAAGUUAAAGAGUAUGCACAAGUAUUUCGUGAACAUGCCAAUAAACUGAUUGAGGUAGCCAAUUUGGCCUGUUCCAUAUCCAACAACGAAGAAGGUGUAAAACUAGUCCGUAUAUCUGCUGGACAGCUUGAAUCUCUUUGCCCACAGGUUAUAAAUGCAGCUUUGGCCUUGGCAGCUAAGCCGAAUAGUAAAAUGGCACAGGAAAAUAUGGAUCUUUACAAAGAGCAAUGGGAAAGACAAGUUCGAGUCCUAACAGAUGCUGUUGAUGAUAUUACAUCAAUUGAUGACUUCUUGGCCGUUUCAGAAAAUCACAUUUUGGAGGAUGUCAAUAAAUGUGUCAUAGCUCUUCAGGAGAGAGAUGUUGAUGGCUUGGAUCGUACAGCUGGAGCUAUUCGUGGACGUGCAGCAAGAGUCAUACAUGUUGUCACCUCUGAAAUGGAUAACUAUGAACCUGGAAUUUACACAGAAAAGGUUCUGGAAGCUACUAAAUUGCUGACAAAUACAGUUAUGCCACGUUUCACGGAGCAAGUUGAAGCUGCAGUUGAGGCCCUUAGUGGAGACACCAAUCAGACCAUGGAUGAAAAUGAAUUUAUUGAUGCUUCUCGACUAGUAUAUGAUGGUGUACGGGACAUCCGAAAAGCUGUGCUGAUGAUCAGAACUCCAGAAGAACUAGAUGAUUCUGAUUUUGAAACUGAAGACUUUGAUGUGAGAAGCAGAACAAGUGUCCAGACAGAGGAUGACCAGCUUAUUGCUGGACAGAGUGCAAGAGCAAUCAUGGCUCAGCUUCCUCAGGAACAAAAGGCAAAAAUUGCAGAACAAGUGGCUAGCUUCCAGGAAGAAAAAAGCAAACUGGAUGCUGAGGUGUCGAAAUGGGAUGACAAUGGAAACGACCUCAUUGUUUUGGCUAAACAGAUGUGUAUGAUAAUGAUGGAAAUGACUGACUUUACUAGAGGGAAGGGGCCACUGAAAAACACUUCAGAUGUAAUUAGCGCAGCUAAGAAAAUUGCAGAAGCGGGGUCACGAAUGGAUAAAUUAGGACGUACUAUUGCAGAUCACUGCCCUGAUUCAACUUGUAAGCAAGAUCUUUUAGCAUAUCUUCAGAGAAUUGCCUUGUACUGCCAUCAGUUAAAUAUAUGUAGUAAAGUAAAGGCAGAAGUUCAGAAUCUUGGCGGCGAGCUUGUUGUGUCUGGGGUUGACAGUGCCAUGUCCCUGAUACAAGCCGCGAAAAAUCUGAUGAAUGCCGUUGUUCAGACCGUAAAAGCCUCCUAUGUAGCUUCUACGAAAUACCAGAAGUCACAAGGAAUGGCAUCUCUGAAUCUGCCUGCAGUGUCAUGGAAAAUGAAAGCUCCAGAAAAGAAACCACUUGUUAAGAGAGAGAAGCAAGAUGAGACCCAAACUAAGAUAAAGCGUGCUUCUCAGAAAAAACAUGUCAACCCAGUGCAGGCUCUAAGUGAAUUUAAAGCAAUGGAAAGCAUUUAAAUCAAGUUAUAUAUUAAGUUGUUACAGUCAAAAAUAUUUUCAUAAAGUUUAGAAUAUACUAACCACUUUUUGAGGUAGUUGGAAAAGCUUUUUUUUAUUUUUAGACUGUACAGGUCAUACUUUUUUUGAUUUUUGGUAUCACAACCACUUUGAGGAUAUAAAUUAAUAGGGAUGUACCGAAGCCACUAUUCUGCCGAACCCCCGAAUGCUUUGAAAGAUUCGGCCAAAUACCGAAUCCUAAUUUGCAUAUGCAAAUUAGGGUUGGGAAGAGGAAAACAUUUUUUACUUGUUUUGUGACAAAAAGUCACGCAAUUUCCCUCCCAGCCCUUAAUUUGCAUAUGCAAAUUCGGAUUUGGUUCGGCCGGGCAGAUGGAUUCGGCUGAAUCCUGCUGAAAAAGGCUGAAUCCCGAACCGAAUCCUGUAGUCAGUGCAUCCCUAUAAAUUAAUGGCAGGGGGUGCUGAAUGAAGUCACAAGUUGUAUAGAAAUCUUGUUAGUCAAAAACAUACUAUAUGUGCACUGUGGUUCCAGUUGACCCAGGGACCAGAUAAUUAAAGUCACAAUAUACACCCAUUUUCAAUGAUUAGGGCUUGUGCUAAAAUACUUUUUUUGCUUUUAACGAAGUAAUAGAAGUUAAAAAAAUUAAAACAUUUUCAAAUUUCACUGGUUUCUGGUGAGCGUAGGAGAGGUUGUUAACACUAAUUACCAGUACAAAGAGAAGCCCUCUGAUAAUGACCUACUCAAAAGCUGUAACAUAGCUGGGGGGGGGGGGAAGAAGAAAAUCCAGUUUCUAAAUUUUGGUUUACAAUAGGAAAAUAUGGAUUAUUUUUACAUUUUAAAAAAUGGAAAAUGCAUUUUCAACACAACUCCUAUUGUACUAGUUUUUAACAAAGGUGUAUACUGCCGCUUUAAAAUCUAUUUGUGCAUGGUAUGGCUUUAUUCUUAUUUAGCUUCAUUUUAAGCUUUUAAUUUUUAUCAAUGAAGUGGCUAAAUGACUAUUCGCUUUUUAAUUUGUUGUUUUUAUUAACAUUAAACACUAUAUUGUUUGAAA